AUGGCAUUCCAAGAUCAAGGUUUAUUCAUAGUGUUAUCGCACGCUUCCUUAUUUCUCAAUCAGAAUGAUUUGCUAAGGUUGAGCCUAACAUCCAAAAAAAUCCAUGAUAUAAUCGCAAUCCCUCGUCUUUAUAAUAAUAUUCACAUAACUAAGAAUCCUGUUUUAAGGACAAACAAAUGCUUUUUGGAGGGAGGAAAAACUUAUGUAAGUGGUUAUAGAUCAGUUUUGAAAACUGGUGACAAGAAUGACAUAUUUCUAUAUGAUAGAAUUGAAAGAUUGUUAGAGGCGUCGCAUUUGAAAUCUAUAAAACAGCUGACUAUAGAUGAAAAUUUGUUUCACAAUAGGAAGGAAGGGUUGCAACUGUUACAAAGAUUGGUCAAUGAGAUUACUAACUUGAACGCGAUUGAAAUUCUUGACAUCAAGGACUCUGCCUUGUUUGGGUUGUGUUCAGAAAAGUACUAUGGCCUGACAAGGUUAAAGAAGCGGAUCGUAUAUGGCAAAACUGGAUUUGAUGGUAUCAGAUUAUGGGAAAACUUCAAGAGCUUAAAAUGGGAAUUACCUGUUUCAUUAGAUUUACGAGACGUAAUAAUCCCUGAAGUGGGUGCAUUGUUAAUGAAGCAACUGGAUGGAGGAGAGUUAGAAAUAAAGGAUGAAGCGUAUUCAAGCCUAAGGGUAUUCGAGUACUUUGAUUCCGUGAACCUCCGCUUUAAGAACCUGCGCCGCUUAAAACUUAAUCACGUUCACAAGCAAGAUGAAGGGAGUACUACUUCUAUGAGGUUGUCUUCACGCGCGUUUACGGAUGUAGUUAAUUUAUCCACUCUUAAAGCCCUUGAACUGGAAUUUUCUUGUGAGGUGGACGAUUGUGAAUGUGAUGAUGACUUUCUUCAAGAUAUAACAGGCAAUCUUGUUUCCUUGACGAGUCUAGGGUUCAUUGAAAAGACAUUCGCUAAACAAGGGUAUCAUUAUAUGGACGAGAAAUGGGACCUGGUCAUUAAUAAGUUUAUUUUGAACCUACCCAACGUGAGUAAAAAUUUGCGUUCACUAAGCAUACGACAUGACCCACCUUUAAAUGGUAAAGGCAUUGAUACUGUUGAUGGAAACUUGCUUCGCCGUAAAAGAAUUUAUGAGAAGGUUCUGCCAAAGCUAUCUUCAUUAGAAACAAUAAUAGCCCCAACUGUGUUGCAGUCCAUUACCUCAUAUGAAAUGUAUGCAUGUGACCUUUUGUGGAACGGCUGCAAGUGUGCGUUCUGCUCCAAAUACUUACCAUUAUUUGAUAAGUACAUUAUGAAUCAUCAAUACUUUUCGGCCUCAGAUGCCAGGUACUUGGAUAUUAUACCCAUAGUAUUUGCAGCAUAUACUGGAAAAUCGCUAGCUAAGAGGUUUGAUCCUCAGAAGAAUUGGGAUUUGGAUUUAUUACAGUAUGCUCCCGAGGAUACUGCAUGGGAUUUUCAUGGCUUUGAAAGAAUUCAUCACUUUGCAAGUUAUGAAUGUUAUUUUGAUGAAUCCUCAUUUGAGCCCUUAGCGACUAUUAUUUCGCAUUUUUUUUAUCCUUACAUGAACUACCUGAUAAAGAUAUUGCCGAAUCUUCGCCAAACUAUGUUGUCAGGAAUAUACUUUAACGUGAGCCCAGAAUUACACAUUUACGAAUCUAUUUAUGAUUAA